AUGCCGUGGAAUAUUCAAUCCUUCUACGAGAGCGUCCAUGUACCACCUACGGAUUCCAGCGAGACACCCGACAUCCCGAAGGGCCUCUUGAACUGCACCCUCUACCCCUUUCAACGCCGAUCUGUCCAAUGGAUGUUGCAACGCGAGGCUGUCAAAUUGAGCGAGGGGAAUGUUGUCCCUCUAGAUGACGCGCAUGCCCAAUCGAGACGCCCUGCGCUGUCUUUCGAGCCUGGCUUUGAUUGCACCAGGCGUCGUUGCUACGUGAGUCAUCUGCGCAGAAUGGUAAUCAGCGAUCUCUCGAUGCUGUCGGACAAUGAAACGGCCAGCAACCGGGGUAUCCUUGCAGAAGAGAUGGGCUUAGGCAAGACGGUUGAGCUCACUGCAUUGAUCAGUCUUCACCGACGUACAAUUCAACAUCCAACCGUAUUUGAUAGAUAUACCGGGUCUGAAGUUGCUGCUAGCGGCGCAACACUCAUCAUCACCCCGCCGGGGAUCUUGGAGCAAUGGAAAAGAGAGAUCAACACCCAUGCCCCUCAACUCAAGGUCUUCCAUUACCGAGGGAUGCCACCAACUACGGCCCCGAAGAAACAUAAAGACUCAGACAUGGUCAAAGAACUGUUGAACUACGAUGUAGUGCUCACUACAUACCACAUAUUGUCUCGAGAAAUCCACUACGCGAACACAGCCCCCAAACGCGAUCUGCGUAGGCAGAAACAAUACGAGCCCCGGCGGAGCCCGCUUGUCCAGAUCUCGUGGUGGAGGUGUUGCUUGGACGAGGCGCAAAUGAUAGAAAGCGGGGUUAGCCAAGCCGCAACGGUGGCCAGGGUGAUCCCACGGGUAAACGCUUGGGCUGUCUCCGGAACCCCGGUGAGGAAGAAUGUCCAAGACCUCCUCGGGCUCCUCGUCUUCCUUCGUCUCGAGCCCUUCUGCAGCUCCAAGCCCCUGUGGAGCCGUAUUGAUGAGAAGAGCUUCCACGAAAUUUUCUCGACCAUUGCCUUGCGCCAUACGAAGGACCAAGUUCGUGAAGAGCUUCGACUACCGCCCCAAAAACGGAUCGUCAUGCUCGUCCCCUUCACUCCGAUCGAAGAACAGAAUUACAGCCAUCUGGUCCAGCAACUUUGCGAGGACUGUGGGUUGAGCCCGGAAGGGAAACCGAUGGGAGACGACUUUAAUCUGGAGGAUCCGCGCAUCGUGGAAAAGUUGCGCGGCUGGCUGACCCGCCUUCGUCAGACCUGUCUCCAUCCACAAGUUGGUGGGCGCAAUCGUCGAGCUUUGGGACGUGGCAACGCGCCUUUGCGAACGGUCGAUGAAGUUCUGGACGUCAUGGUCGAGCAAAACGACACUCUUGUCAGAACGGAAGAACGGGAGCAUGUCUUGGCUCAGGUAGUGCGCGGCCACAUUUUUGGGUUUGCCAAGAACGACCCUGAGCGUAGUCUCAAGGCACUGGAUAUUUACAGCGAUGCCCUAAAGCAAGCUGAGAUGUUCGUCACUGACGCUCGCCGGGAUCUAGCCCAAGAGGCGGCAAAGUUGCGUAUCCGAGUGGCAGGCUCAACUGACGGGCUAGAAGUGGAUCCGAAGGCGGAGAGUGAGGGUGAGAGCGAAGAGGAAGACCAGGAUGGGAAGAAAAAUGGUCGCAUGGCUAUCUUGCGCAAGGCGCUCCGAUCUGCGCUCGAGGUCCAACACAUUUGCACAUUUUACGUUGCAUCUGCGUACUAUCAAAUCAAGACCAACGAAGACCUGACACAACCUGAAUCGGAUGCUUUCAGGGAGUUGGAGAGGUCUGAGAUGCAGUAUUAUGACCAGGCGAAGGUGAUAAGAAAGGAGUUGCUGCGGGAAAGCCAUUACAGAGCAGAAAGAGUCAUGCGAAAGAUCAAGGCUCAGGCCAAGGCUCCGAUCACGGAGAUCCCUAUCCCCGAUGAUCAUGGUGGCAUAGAGAGCCAAAGGAUCCUGGAGAAAAUGGACCGUCUGGCCGAAGGUCUCAACGAGCAAGGCAUUCGACUCAAUGAAUGGCGGCAAGAGGCUGCCCGGAUACUGCUGAUGCCUCUGGUCGAUGAGGACGACCAAGAAACCACUGGCGAAGAGUAUGAAGCUAGCACGAAGGCUCAAGAUGAACUUCAGGCAUAUAUCACCAUGCUCCGUGCUAUCAUUGCGGACAGGCAUCGCUUCUUGACAGGCCAAACGAAUAAUUUUAUUGACGAGGAAACGAAUGCAGCCCGAAAACAAGCCAGAGACGGAAAUGGCCCGGCGCCCGAGUUACUGCUGGAGCUGGCUGCGACGCGCGAUCGACUUAAGCCUACCGACGCCGACGAUUCCUUGAGGGGCAUCAUUGCAGAAGCCCGGUCCCUAGCCACUACCUUGCAGUGGUCUUCGGAGAGCAGAAACGCGAGAGCGGGCGUAGAGCUAAGACUUGCGGAGAAGCAACUCGAAGAUACGGGCAAGAUUUUCAAUGCAGAGAUCAAGAAGUUGGUCGAGCUGGAAAAGGAGCUCGAAACGUAUCGGACUUGCAUGAACCUGCGGGUAGAAUUUUACAGGCAGUUGCAGGUUCUCAGUGAUCAGCUUCAGCCAUACAAAGAGGAGCUGGAUGAAACGCUUGACAGGGAAGCCUUGCGCGCCCAGGAGCUGAAGGAGAAAAGGACAGCCGAUCGGCUGGCAGGACUCAAGACGAAGCAAAGGUUUCUGCUCCACCUGAAGAGCGAGUCGAACGAGCAAGAUGGCCCACGGCUAUGCGUCAUCUGCCAGAGCGACUUCGACAUCGGCGUGCUUACAGUGUGUGGUCAUCAAUACUGCAAGGAAUGCUUCACGGUGUGGGCAAGACAGCAUCAUACCUGUCCGCUCUGCAAACGGCGGCUGAAUCUGAGCCGGGACUUCCACGAGAUCACGUACAAACCCAAGGAGCUGCGUGCGCAAGAGGAACGCCAAGCCACGCCGCUAUUAGACGGGCACUCGUCUCCCGGGUCGGGAAGCUCGUCCAUCUACACCGAACUGAGCCAGUCGGCAAUGAACGAGAUCAAGUCAUUCGACCUGAACGGGUCGUUUGGCACCAAGAUCGACACGCUGGCGCGGCAUCUGCUGUGGAUCCGACAGAACGACCCGGGCUCCAAGAGCGUCGUCUUCUCGCAGUACGGCGACUUCUUGAAGGUGCUGGGCGACGCGUUCCGGCAGUUCCAGAUUGGAUUCGCCAACAUCGCGGAGAAAGGAAGCAUCGAGAGAUUCAAGCAGGACGCCAGCGUCGAGUGCUUCCUCCUCGACGCGAAAUCGGACGCGUCGGGGCUCAACCUGGUGAAUGCGUCGUACGUCUUCCUGAUGGAGCCGCUCAUCAACGCGGCAAUCGAGCUGCAGGCGAUUGCGCGGAUCCACCGAAUCGGGCAGCAGCGGCCGACGACGGUGUUCAUGUACCUGGCGGUGGAGACGGUGGAAGAGAACAUCUACGACAUCAGCGUGCAGCGGCGGCUGGAGCACAUGGCAGGACGGGCGAAGGGCAAGUGGCGGUCGGGCUCGUCAACGCCGGGGCUGCAAGAAAAGGAGCUGGAUGCGGCCAACACGCUCGAGAUGCAGCAGGCGCCGAUUUCCAGGCUGCUGGUGCAGAAGAAGGGCGGGGGCGAGGUGGUCAGCAAGGAGGACGUGUGGAGCUGUCUCUUCGGGCAGCGGCAGGCGAGGGGGCGCGGCGUCGUGGAGGAGGAAGUCGGGCGGUUCCUGCGGGCGGAGGCGGCGGAAGGCAGGAUGGGGCAGUAG